AUGGAAACAGCGUUAUCACCAAUUAUGUGCGACUAUGCGACGAGGACAAAAUGUGAUUUAGUUUAUUUGGCUGAUGUUCGUAAUGUAAUGAAUAAUCGAAAUAAUUCAGAAGAACUUAAAUACUAUUGGGAAGAAUAUCGAAGGAAGAAUGACAAUAUUGGUCAUUACGUGUUUCCAGAAUUUGUUGACCUUUGGGUAAAAGCAGCAAAUGAUACGCGUGAAACUCCUGUUGAAUUUCUCUAUAAUUCAUAUGCGGAUGGUACCAUGAGUACAAACAUACAAAUAGUAAUGGAUGAACUUAUGCCAUUUUAUAAGGAAUUUCAUGCACAUGUUCGUCAUAAAUUGAAUAAAAAAUAUGGUGACAAUGUUGUCUUUAAAACUGGAUUAAUUCCUCAUCAUCUCUUUGAAAUUUUAACUUUACAAGCCUGGAAGAAAGAAAGUCCACUUGAACAUGCAUAUCCAGAAAAAAGAUUACCAAAUAUUUUAGCAGGCAUGGAAAAAGAAGGUUUAGAUGCCGACAAAAUCGUUCAAAUCGCUGAAGAUUAUUACAAAUCGAUGGGAUUUGAACCCCUUUCAGAAAAAAUUAAAACAAACUUUCAAAAAUUACCGGGUAAAAAGAGCGCUAGUGUAGAAUGUAGAGGUCAAGUUUAUGAUCAAACACCUAAUGUUCGAAUGGAAUAUUGCCCACAAGUUCAUUUUAAGAAGUUUUUGCAAAUGCAUGGUUACCUCGGAAGAGUUCAUUAUGGCUAUGAAAAACGUGAUUUACCAUUUUCUAUGUUCAAUUCAUAUAAUUUUGAAGAUGCUGUUGGUGAAGCAAUCAUACUUUCAGCGUCAUGUCCCGAAAACAUUGUCAAACAAGGAUUUGUGUCGGAAACAACAUAUACAAAAGAGUUGGAUAUGAAUCGUCUAUUUAGAAUGGGAGUUCACACUAUGUUCAAUAUACCGGUUUAUUAUGUUCAUGUUAAAUUAUUUGAGGAUCUAUUAAAUGGAGUCACUAAUUUUGAUGAUAUUAAUAUUCAUUAUUGGAAUUUAAUGGAAAAAUAUGCUGGAGUGGAACCACCAUUUGACAGAAAUUAUACUUCAUUCGACUUACCUGUUAAAUUUUAUGAAGAUAUUCAGUUGAAUCGUUUAGUUACAAAAUUCGUUUCUGAAAUACUUGGUUAUCAAAUUUAUGAUUCACUUUGUAAAAUAGCCAAUAAAUAUGGAGAAAAUGCGGAAACUGCUGAUGAUUUACAUAAUUGUAAUUUGGAAGGUAGUGUUAUCGUUGGACAAGUUUUACAUGAAAUGAUGUCAAAAGGAUCUAAAAAACCUUGGCGUAAAAUAUUAGAAAUUGUAACUGGAAAUGAUCAGGGCAUAUCAAGUGUUGGUGUUCUAAACUAUUACAAACCUUUAAGAGAAUGGCUACAGAGGGAUCUUCAAUCAAAUGGAAUCAUUCCUGGUUGGGAUAAAUCAAAUAGAGUAUUGGAUGGCAACAGAAAUAGUCCAGGAUUAUUAUUUAGAAGUUAUGAUUUGCCAACAAUUCGAUUUAACCACACAAGUUCAUUUAAUCAUGCUAACGCAGUAUAAUUCUCAAACUUUUUGUAAAUAUGGCAAUUUUUA